UCCCUGGCUCUCCCUUCCUCGAGGUCAAUAUGGAACAUUCGACUUCAUUGCCAUAUUGGUAGUGCCGUCAAUGUCAUAACGCCUCUUGCCACGAUGAGGAAUCGAGUUGUGCAUGAACAGACCAUCAGAGAUCGCGAAGACUUCAUUAAAUCAAUCGACCCAGGCGUGAUUUGCAGUCUGGCUUCGUCAUAUCAUGACAAGAGGCCGUGUAGGAUCUUCAAGACAGCCACCCAUGGAUCGUUUAAUGUGUGCCUCUUCGUCGAAUUCGAUCCUGUGCCAGCUGGGGGAGGGCUUGAGAGAUGGGUAAUCCGUAUUCCAUUCCCGAAACGGGUCCCGUGGGUUGAUGAGAAAAUUGAGACCGAGGUUGCGACCAUGAUGUACGUCGCUGAGAAUACGACCAUCCCGAUCCCACAGGUUCGCGCGUGGUCUUAUGCCACAGAGAGCCCUAUCAGUUUAGCCUUCAUCAUCAUGGACUAUGUCGAAGGUACGACUCUGGAUGCCCUCGAGUUCUGCCGAUCGGAUAUGUGGGGAUACAGAUGCGGACAGCGAAGUCGGCCUCUUACCCGUGUCUACAAUCAGCUUGCAGAUCUGUACAUUCAACUUCGCAGUCUCGAGUUUCCAAGGAUUGGUGCACUUGGAUUGCCCACAAAAGAGUCGCCAGGUAUCGCGGUCCGUCAUCGACCAAUGCCAAUCGAGGUUAUCCUCCAGGAAACUGAAGGUCUCGACCCUACAGUAUUCUUUCCGCAAAACACGACGUUCACGACCUCCACGGAAUAUAUUGGAGCGUUGGUAAAGUUAGCCAACAACCAGUUAUCCAAGUCAAAAGACCCUGAUUUCGACACCCGUAAACGAGACGCGCGGAAAGUUAUGUUUGCGUAUCAGCAAUUCAGCCACUACGUUAACAACUACUGGAUCAAGGGGGGAUGCGAAUCUAACAACGGACCCUUCGUGCUAAUGCAUGGAGACCUCAGCAUGCACGGGAACAACCUCCUAUGGGACCAGAAUUUAAACCUCGUUGCAGUCCUUGAUUGGGAAUGGAGCUACACUGUUCCACAACAAUGCUUUGUCCCACCAGUGUGGCUAACUGGCUUUGACCCGGAGCCGGUAUUCCACCUAACUUACAUUGGCCUGCCUCUGUACCAGAUAGAGAUGACGUAUUUUUGUCAGGAAAUCGCACGAAGGGCAGAUAAGUAUUGGCCUUUGUCGCCCUUAUCGAAACAGUGGCUUGCUUUGGACAAGUGGCCGCACUACCUGAUAGUGAUGGCACUUCUCUAUCCCGAGACUAUCUAUGAUGUGUGGUGGCACUUCCUUACCUACAAGCUCAAUGGCGUCAACAAACGCUCGGUGGAGAGCAUGAAGCGACACAAUGAGAAAGCCGCGGAGCUUGUGGAUCGAUAUUUUGAGGUGUCGAAACCAGCCCAGGACUUGCUGCAGCGGAAGCUGUCUGAACAGAAGCACUUUGACAAAGAAUGCGACGAAUAUAUCGAUCAGAACGGGGGACAACCCAGGGACUGCCAAUGCCAGAGCUGCCAGAAGCAGAGAGAACAUUUCAGGGUGCUACGUAAACUACCAUCGCGGUCCCCGCUAUCAAACACAAUGACAACAUCCGACUCAUUUGCGUCUCUGGAUGAUUCCGGCGCCGACAACUCUGGGCUGGAGCAAAGUGGAUCCAACGAGUCUGCAUCUGCGACAUAUGGAUCGCCGGAGCCAGAAACUUGAUAGUCGCAUUGCGAUGGAUAUCAUGGGGGGACCACCACUAGAAGCUCAUACCCCAGCAGGACAGUCUUCGACAGUCCUCGCGCGGGUCAACCAUGAUAGCAUCAUGCAUCUCGGCUGCGGGAGGGCAACGAGAUAUAACCCCCUUGGAUAAAUGAUAUGGACGGCUCUUGUGUAAAAGUCGGAAGUGGUAGAACCGGCGAGGUUACACGCAAAAGUCCGCCACGACAAAGGCUUUCCAGUGUUCAGAAGAAGAUAACUGGGGACGACGCCGAGACCGAAGG